AUGACAAUUACCACCAUGAAACGCCAAAGGCAGCAACGCCAAGCUUCAGCGUCAAUGUCUGUCAUAUUUCAAAUAUCCAUUCUGUCGGCAAUCGUCGUAUCUUCAGCGGUCGAUGCCUUUGGUUUCAUCGGAAUGCCGCAGGCUAGAAGAUCUGUUCCUCGGACCCUCCAGCAGCCGCCAUUGCGCGCAUCCGAACUGAAGCAAUCAUCCUUGACGCAAUUCAAUGACGACGAUGAUGAUGCCUCCUCAUUAACAUCAUCAUUGCAAGAACAGAAUAAUGUUCUUCGUCGUCAUGUCGAACUUGGUGACGAAUCAUCCUUAGUUGGCUUGAACGACGAAGACAUGAUGCAAGCCAUGUCGGAACAAAUGAGUGAUUUAUUGACGACUCUAGACGAUGCUAGUACUACUACUAAUUAUAACAAGGCUGAAUCAUCUGAAGAUGAUGGUGAUGAUGAGGAACCUAGUACCAGCAUUCCUGAGACUCUGAACGAAACGCUGCUGUACGAUGUUGAUGUUUAUGAAGAAGAAGAGCAAGAAGAUUAUGAGGAAGAUCCAAUUCUAAAGGAACUGGAAGAGACACUUCUGGCGACCAUUCAGGUGUUGGAAGAUACCCUUCACGAAACUCAAGUUGUCA